GCUCCAGUCCUUCCUCCCCCCCCAAAGCCAGCGCCGGCAGCAGCCCAAAAUAGCGAUGCAGGCUUGGGGACUGGGGGGCACAACCCCCCCCACCGGAUAGCGUCCGGCUGCGUGUGUCCCCCCCCCGCCCCCCCCCCCGGGAUGGCGGGCACCGGGGGAUGGCAUCGCCACCUCCGUCCCUGCGGCAGCGGGCAGCGGGCAGGGGCGCUGCGGGGACCCAAGCUGCGGUUGCCAUGUGAACGAGCGACGCUGCCAAGCUGGCACCACCACCCCCGUCCUGUGCCACCCGUGCUGCUGCUCUAACCAACCCAACGCAACUCAACCAACCAACUCAACCAACCAACCCAACCAACUCAACCAACUCAACCAACCAACCCAACCAACUCAACCCAACCCAACCCAACCAACUCAACCAACCCAACCAACUCAACCCAACCCAACCCAACCCAACUCAACCCCAACCAACCAACCCAACCAACCAACUCAACCCAAACCAACCCAACCAACCCAACCAACUCAACCCAACCCAACCCAACCAACUCAACCAACCCAACCCAACUCAACCCAAGCCAACACAACCCAACCCAACCCAACCAACCCAACCAACCAACCCAACCCAACUCAACCAACCCAACCAACCCAACCAACACAACCAACCAACCCAACCAACUCAACCCAACCUAACCCAACUCAACCCAAACCAACCCAACCCACCCAACCCAACCAACCCAACCAACCCAACCCAAACCAACCCAACCAACUCAACCCAACCCAACCCAACCAACCAACCCAACCAGCUCAACCAACCCAACCAACCCAACCAACCUAACCCAACCAACCCAACUCAACCCAACCAACCCAACCAACCCAACCCAACCCAACCCAACCAUGCCCAGCCCGGUUCGACGCUCUACCGGUCCCGCCGCACCUCCUCCCACCUUAACCACCCUACCGGUAACCGACGGCUCCGCCCUGCUGCGUGCCGUGAGCCAGGGCAAGUUCCGCCUGACUCGGUUGCUGCUGGAGGGGGGAGCCUACAUCAACGAAGGCAACGCCGCCGGUCAGACGCCGCUGAUGGCAGCCUGCCGAGCCGGUUACGCCGAGCCUCUGGAGCAGCCUCGCAUGGUUCGUUACCUGCUGGAGAACGGAGCCGACCCUAACAUCCCGGAUAAAACCGGGAUGACAGCUUUGAUGCACGCCUGCGCCGAACGUACCGGUCCGGAGGUAGCUUCGGUCCUCUUAGCUCACGGAGCCGAUCCUAGCGUCCGGGAUUACGCCGGAGCCUCCGCGCUGGUUUACGCCAUCAACCGAGGGGACAGGGAGAUGCUGAAGGUGUUGUUGGAUGCUUGUAAGGCUCGGGGGAAGGAGGUGAUCAUUAUCACGACCGACACUUCGCCGUCGGGUACGAAAACCACCCGGCAGUACCUCAAUUCGCCGCCGUCACCGGGGCUGGAGGAGGAGGAGGAGGAGGAGGAGGAGGAGAAGAAGAAGAAGUCUCCGGGGUUCUGCAUGUCGCCGUCGGACAUCGAGGUGAGGACGGUGGCGUCGCCGGCGGGCAGCGAGAAGGAAGAGGAGAGAGAUGUCUUCUGCUUCCCACCGCCGCCGCCGCCGCCGCUGCCGCCGCCGGUGGUCGUCGCGACGGCGACCGGCGGCGGUUCCGAGCCACCACCACCGCCGCCGCCGCCGCCGCCGCCGCGCUGUCGGGGCCGCCCUUUGAAACGCCUCAAUUCGGAGCCCUGGGGUUUGACGGUGGCCCCGGGGCCGGAGGGGUCGAGGGCAGCCCCUCCCGAGCGUUUAACGGUAGGGUUGGAGGGGCUGAGCCUGGGCGGGCGACCGCGGAGGCACAGCGUGGAAGGGCGGGAGGCUGCGGGGCUCUUACCGGCACCGGCUUGGACCGAACGGGCGCCGCCGACGCUGGCGAGGCGCAACACAGCCCCCGAACCCGCCAGGGUUAAACCCCCUCGCUGGGAACCCCCCGAGAAAGAAGGGACCCCCUGGGUCGGGUCGCCCCCUCCGUCGCCGGGACCGAGCCGCCGCUGCAUCGCUUCGGCCGUACCGAAGCCGCUCCCCGAAUCUCCUCCCGGGAGCCUCCGGCGCCCUGCCGGUUUGCUGGAGCGGAGAGGCUCCGGGACCCUCUUGCUGGAGCCUCUGGGCUCGGCUAGAACUGGUUUCUUGCCCCCCCUGCCCCCCGGUCCGCACCCCCCCCGGUCCCCGCGGCUCGCCCAAGGGGCGCCGCAAGCUGCUGCGUCGCCACUCGAUGCAGCCGGAGGAGAUGCGGCACUUGGUGGGCACCUUCCAGGGCAGCGCCGUCCAGGGACUGGGCAGUUAGGGGGACACCCUCCCCCCCCCCCCCGCCUCCAGUCCCAGCCACGAAGGGACCCCCCCCCCCCCGACCCCCACCCUGCAGGUCUUUGGGGCUGCAGGCGCAGAACAACUCCAGCGCUGCCCCUGGCACUGCCUUGGCACCGCCUUGGCACCACCCCAAGUUCCUCCAGGGGAUGGAGGUUUCCGACCCCCCCCCCCCCACUUCCCUCCCACCCCCUGCCCAGCUCCCCUGCGUCUUCCUCCUGCCCCUCCUCAUCCUCUCAGCAGAGCUUUCUUUCCCUCCAGACCUUGGCAGCACUCAGCUGCUGCCCCGUGGGGGGGGGGGGGCAUCCCCGUCCCUGCCAGUGCCAGGCGCUGGGAGCUGCUGGUGCCCCUUGGCCCUGGUUGGUCCCUUCAUCUGGGGGGGCACAGGGGCCCAGCAAGGGGGUGCCAGGGGUGGGAGCGGGUGGCAGGGGUUGGGGGGGGGGUGGGGGGGUGAGGGUGGCACAAGCUGUUGGUGAAUAAAGGCACAGCUCAGCU